AUGGAAGAAAAAGGUCUAGCAGGUGUUGAGUCUCCGCAGCCCUCUGUGGAGGAAAGCUUUGGCAAUUUGCCCGAUACUAAUCAGAGCGAUAUCGACUUCAAUUCGAACCCUGAUCCUCAGCUUUUCGUUGUGCAGGAAGACGGGGCGUCUCCGGUAAUCGACGACAAGUCAGAUGCCGGCUCGGGCCCCAUCACCCUCCUGGGUGCGGAGACAUAUCCUGAAGGGGGACUGGAAGCAUGGCUAGUUGUCUUCGGGUCGUUUUGUGGUCUUUGCGCCUCAUUAGGAAUUAUGAAUACCAUUGCCAUUUUCCAGACUUAUCUCGCCACGCACCAGCUUUCGGACUAUAGCGAAGGCACCAUUGGGUGGAUAUUCUCCUUGUACACCUUUUUAUGCUUUGCUGGGGGUAUCUACGUCGGGCCCAUGUUCGACAAGUACGGCCCGAAAUGGUUGGUAUCUGUUGGGAGCGUGGGUAUUGUCGUGAGCAUGAUGCUCCUAAGUAUCUGUACAGAUUAUUGGCACUUCCUCCUAGCUUUCGGCGUUCUCAACGGCCUUGCUUCUUCGGCAUGCUUCACACCGUGCUUCACAACCAUUGGCCAUUAUUUUCGUGAGCGUCGCGGGAUGGCAACGGGAAUCGCCAGCACCGGUGGUGGCGUGGGCGGUGUGGUAUUCCCCUUGAUGCUCCAGCGCCUCUUUAACCAAGUAGGCUAUGCCUGGGCUAUCCGCAUUUUAGGCCUUGUCUGCAUGGUUCUCUUCAUAUUUGCCAUGCUUCUCGUGAGGAAACGCCUGCCACCGGCCAGCAAUGCCAGCACGCACCCCGACUUUCGAAUCUUCAAAGAGAAGGCAUUCUUCCUUACCACCUGCGGCGUUUUCUUGCUUGAGCUUGGCCUCUUCAUCCCACUAGCCUACAUUUCGAGCUAUGCUGUCGCUCAGGGCUUCAGCAGCGCCUUCGCUUUUCAGAUCCUUCCCAUCCUCAACGCAGCCUCAGUCUUCGGCCGGGCCCUCCCCGGCUACUGGGCUGACAAGAUCGGCCCCUUCAACUCCAAUAUGCUCUCGGUCUUCCUCACUGUCGUCUCCGUGUUGGGUAUUUGGCUGCCCGUCGGCCAUACCAUGCCAGGCAUCAUUAUUUUUGUCAUCUUGUUCGGGUUUGGGACAGGAAAUAACAUCAGUAUUACGCCUGUGUGCGUCGGGCGCCUGUGUCACACUCAGCACUAUGGGAGAUAUUACGCUACGUGCUACACCAUCGUCAGCAUUGCUUGUCUGGUUGGCAUUCCGAUCGCUGGGACUCUCGCUGAGGCUACUGGGGGUAACUAUUGGAGUUUGAUUGUAUUUACGGGUCUGACGCAGUGUUUGAGCUUCUCGUUUUUUGCGGCGGCGAAGGUGGUCAGUGUAGGCUGGAAGCCUCAGGUUAAGUUCUGA